AUGGAGACCGGCGUCGGCCCACAUCCGCUGCGCCUGUUCAUCUGCCUGAUGCCGCUCUGUCUCGCCUUGCUUUUGGGACCAGGGAGGCCCGGGACCGCCGAGGAAGUUAUCCUCCUGGAUUCCAAAGCCUCCCAGGCUGAGCUGGGCUGGACUGCACUGCCGAGUAAUGGGUGGGAGGAGAUCAGCGGCGUGGACGAGCACGACCGUCCCAUCCGCACCUACCAGGUGUGCAACGUGCUGGAGCCCAACCAGGACAACUGGUUGCAGACUGGCUGGAUCAGCCGCGGGCGCGGGCAGCGCAUCUUCGUGGAGCUGCAGUUCACACUGCGCGACUGCAGCAGCAUCCCUGGAGCCGCCGGCACCUGCAAGGAGACUUUCAACGUCUACUAUCUGGAAACCGAGGCCGAUCUGGGCCGUGGGCAUCCCCGCCCAGGCGGCAGCCGGCCCCGCAAGAUCGACACUAUCGCGGCGGACGAGAGCUUCACGCAGGGCGACCUGGGCGAGCGCAAGAUGAAGCUGAACACAGAGGUGCGAGAGAUCGGUCCUCUCAGCCGGCGGGGUUUCCACCUGGCCUUCCAGGACGUGGGCGCAUGCGUGGCGCUGGUCUCUGUGCGCGUCUACUACAAGCAGUGCCGCGCUACAGUGCGGGGUCUGGCGGCGUUCCCAGCCACCGCAGCCGAGAGCGCCUUCUCCACGCUGGUGGAGGUGACCGGAACGUGCGUGGCGCACUCAGAAGGGGAGCCCGGCAGCCCCCCGCGCAUGCACUGCGGCGCCGAUGGCGAGUGGCUGGUGCCCGUGGGCCGCUGCAGCUGCAGCGCGGGAUUCCAGGAACGUGGUGACAUCUGUGAAGCCUGUCCCCCAGGGUUUUACAAGGUGUCCCCGCGGCGGCCCCUCUGCUCGCCGUGCCCGGAGCACAGCCGGGCCCUGGAAAAGGCGUCCACGUUCUGCGUGUGCCAGGACAGCUACGCGCGCUCGCCCAGCGACCCGCCCUCGGCGUCCUGCACCCGGCCGCCGUCGGCGCCGCGGGACUUGCAGUACAGCUUGAGCCGCUCGCCGCUGGCGCUGCGGCUGCGCUGGCUGCCUCCGGCCGACUCCGGCGGCCGCUCGGACGUCACCUACUCGCUGCUGUGCCUGCGCUGCGGCCGCGAGGGCCCGGCGGGCGCGUGCGAGCCGUGCGGGCCGCGCGUGGCCUUCGUGCCGCGCCAGGCGGGGCUGCGGGAGCGCGCCGCCACACUGCUGCACCUGCGGCCCGGCGCGCGCUACACCGUGCGCGUAGCCGCGCUCAACGGAGUGUCGGGCCCGGAGGCCGCCGCGGGAGCCACCUACGCGCAGGUCACCGUCUCCACCGGCGCUGGGGGCAAGAGGGCCCAGGAAAGGCAAGGCCAGCCCUUCGGCCCAGGUGUGCAGGAGUGUGGGCUGUUUCUGGCUGCCCCCGGGCACCAGGCAGCUCUGUUAGUCUGGGCAGAGCCUGUCGGCAGCUGGCAUCUGUCGGCAGUGCCUCCCUGCAACACGGCACCAGGCCUGGCGAAUAUCCAGUCCCAGAUUCAGUCCCAGGCCCCAGGCCCCAGGCCCCAGCUCCCCAGCCGCUCCUUCCGGCUCCUGGCCAGAGGCUGGAACUCUACAUCUGGCUCCCAAAUGACCCCCCAGGAGCAGGAGGACAUGCACCCCGCGCCGUUCCGAAGUGCUGGGUUCGCAGUGGAGAAGCUGUGUAACGAAGGCUCUUCGAAGGCUCCGGUUUCCUCCCCACCCAGCGGGUCUGUCUGUCGGGGUGACUGCGAGGCGGCCGGGAUGCCUCCUUCUCGAACGUUCUGA